ACUUUCCGACAAUUUUCAACUUUUGUUUCAUUACUUAAUUUCAUAUCAGUAAAGAAAGACUCCAUGAGGUUACAGAUAAGAGAAGUUCCACGCAAGAGUCGAUCAUUAAUUUGUUGAAAAGGGGUUAGUAGCCUCCUAAAAUGUUUAGAUCGUGCCAUCCUAGUUUUGCGUUAACUCUGAUCCAUGCUAGGAUCCAAAAAAGUCUCCCGAAGUUUCUGGUCCACGAAUCGCAAGCCUCUUUCUCCCCUUUUAAAAAUGAUUUGGGCGCUUGUACAGCCGACAACAUAAAUUCGAAUCGUAUGUAAAGCCUGUGUUCUAAAAUGAGUCACAUUUUUGUGGUCUCUAAAAAAUGUAUGAACUUAUAUUUUACUGAAUGAAAUUUUUGGGAAUCUUAUUCGAUUCUCCAUACAUUACAAGUGGUUAAAGGAAUAGAUUUUAGCAAAAUCAGCCCAUUCAGUGGAUUGUUCAAAGCAGUAGGGGAAAAUGGUGGUAAGACUGGAAGGCAGAAUUAGAUCGCUGAUGGCACUGCUUGUUUGCGAGUGUCUUUGCAAGUCAAUUCACGGAUUGAAGGCACAGGAAUACGGACAUGCAACCGUGGCGCUCCCAAAGACGACGAUCAACACUAUCAGGAUGUUUGAGAAGACAAUGCCCCCGGGUUACACUAUAGAGACCGAUUUAGUCAUCAAGCGAAGGCCGACCGAAAAAAACCAAAAGGAAUGGAAACCGCGAGACAUCGAGAAAGCUUUCUGCGAGCAUCAAAUUGUCCCUGACGUUGUUGAUGACCCACCUGUUAAUAAGUCUACGAUUCUAUUUCCCUUCAACCGCUUCCCCGAAUUUGGUAAUGAAAUGAACCUGUCCAUUCACAAACAUAUAUGUUGGGCGCAGUGGCCUGGUACCAUGAACGAUACUUACACUUUGAUCUAUACAAUUCCUGACGUACCAAGUCGGGAUAACCCAACAUCUGGGGAGUACCAAGUGUGGGUUGUUGGAAAUAUCGAGGGACCGAUUUACAUGGAGAAUGGAACGUUAACUGAAUAUAUUAAACCAACGCACCCGAGCGGAACAGGUUUGCACAGACAUGUCUUUCUGGUGUACAAGCAACCCUUUGGAAGGUUUAUUAGAUUUGAUGAACCGUUCUUGGAUGCAAAAACACGUUUAGAUCCAAGAAGAUACAACUUUUCUACAAGAGCCUUCGCCAGGAAGUACAAUCUUGGAAAACCGGCAGCUGGAAAUUUCUUCCUCGCAUACUAGUUUAGGAAGGACAUUGGGAACGACAGAGCUUUGAGACAAGCUGCCUUAUUGUGCUCAGAUACACUCUUGUGCUACGUGCCGUUCGAGCAUUGGCUAUUAUUUUUACAAUGGCGAUAGCAUUCAAUCAGAAGGGAUCCAGUUUAACUAACAAUCAUUCUUUCC